GAACUAUCCCUUCUCAAAUGUCAUUUGUACAUUUAUACAUACUUUCAUAAUUUUCCAAAAUACUAAUCAGAAAAGGAUGGAUCUGUGCCAGCAGGUGAUGGCCCGCAACGUGCCGCAGUUGGUCAGGCUGCUCCUGGACACCCCCCUGGAGGGAGGUGGCCACGUGGACUCGAAGGCGGAUCAGGCCACCUUCGAGAGGUGCUUAGCAUUCGCAAAGGAGCGCUUGCAGCCGUUCGAGAACCAGGAGUGCUGCCCCGAGGCCGUGUGGCACAACAUGAACCACUUUAUCGAGAGGUAUCGUAGCGAAAACCUGCCUGAAUUCGCGGAUACCUUCAAGCAACUGGCCAAUGUGGUGCUGAACCAUCCGCUCUGUACCAACCACACGCAAAAAAACCUGCAGUGGUGUCUCAUGGAUUUUAUGCUCUCGGUGAACUAUAAGGCCUUCAAAGAGGUGCGCCGCAACCGGAGGGAGAUGCUCCAGAAACGGAUGCACAUUCUGGAGGCCCUGGCCAUGGCCACCGAAGGCUCUGAGGUGUUGCGGGUUCCCCAAGGAGGAUCGGCCCGUGGCUCUAUGGGAGCAUUCGACAGGACUUCAACCUUGGAAUGGGCGGAAAAAACUCCAUCUGAAGGAUCAGAGAAUAAGCCUGCAUUCUUCAUACCUGGCGAACGAAGAUGGUCUAAAGAGACGGGUCACACCGUCCAAAACAAUCCAAAUCGCUUUACAGUUCCGGAUAUCGGCGCCAAUCUGGAGAAUGCCACCUUUAAUCUUUCUCUGGACUCACCCCAGCCUAGGGCGGCUUCAGACUCCAAUUCCCUGGCUCAGCAUCUCAACGAGGUCCAUGUUACUGAAAACUUUUCCACCAACGAAGCCAAUAUGAACCUGUUGAUGAACCUCACCCAGGUGGAAUCAUCUCUGGAGAAGCCAACGAAGGUUAACUACUACCGGGGCAUGAACGAUUUGCUCACCAGAAUCUAUACGCCCUGGUGGCAGGUGGACAUACACGUGCACCAGCAGUCUCGGACUCUGCCGAGCAGUUUCUCCCACAACUACGGCGAGUGGCUGCUCCAUCAGUUGCGAGAGAGCCAGAGCUCAGUGCGCCGGAUGACUGAGGAGCACCAGCUGCUGAGAGAGCUGCUCAUCCUGUUUUUCAUCUCCUUAGACAGUGGCCACUUCCAGGUGAAGGGCCACGGAGUUGAAGUGCUCACAGCUGGACCUCAAACCUGUGCCCUGAGCCAAUUGUUGGAAGGAGCUAUCUUAGGUCGGGUUUUUAAGUAUCUGGAGCAAAUGGGUUACUUGCGCCAGUUAAUCGAAAGUAAUGCCACGCCCAGAGUCGGUGGAUAUCGGCUGGAGACAGUUGUGGCCUUCACCGUGGCGGUACGUCGACUGCUUCGCCCAGUAAUCGAGUUUCUGGUUUACUACGAACGCCGUUUGGCAGCGGGCAAGGAAGCACCCACUGUUAAGCACUUUCUCCAUGUCUCCGAGGAUGCAAUGCAGAGGCUCAGGCUGCUCUUUGAAGUCCCGGAGCCCAAGGUCGAGGGUCGGGCCUCGUUGUGCAGCCUCGGAGUUCUGGACUCCCUUGUCCUAAAUUGUACCUUACCAGGGCAGAGCAAAGAGGAAAUAUCCCUCAGCGCCAGCUUGUUGCUUCACUCGCUUCAGGCCUACUGCCACUUCAUAGACUGUUGGUGGACCUCCGGGGAGUUCCAGGACUGGCAGGACGAGUUUCCCUUUCAGAAGCUGCAAGUCGACGGAAGAACCGAGUAUGGUUUGAGGAAGUACUUGCUAGAGGAGGAGGUCCACCUGGGUGGAUGUCUAUUCAAGGUGAUUAAAGAUCACCUUGGGGAGGCCAGCCAAGCUGUGGCCACGCUCUGCGAUACCCGGAGGAUGGGCGAUUUCGUUGCCCUGCAUGGCACUAUCUUUCAGGUGUCGCUCCACAAUUUCCUGAUGGAAGCCGUGCUUAAAGAACUGCUCCCCUACCAGGCCGAGCGGGUACAGGACUAUAGCUAUGCGCCGGAUAUUAUGCAGCAGUUAAAGUCCGUAGAUCAGGAGACAGUGAGGCGGUUGUUCUACGCCUAUCAUAUGGAGACGAGGCCAGAUCCCCGGCACCCAGCCAGGUGUUCUGUGGAUGAGUUGGUCAAGAACUUCCAGUCCUGUGUCGACUACACGCCAAUCGUAGAGAUUAUUUGCGAUCAGUUGGCCGUCGGCCUGAGAAGACGCACUCUUCUGGCUAACUCUUAUGUGACGCACUUGGUCAAGACGGAGCUGCAGCUCCACAGAACUGCAAAGCACCUGAGGUCCGUCUACACUCUUGAAAAAUACGAGCUCCUUCAAAAUGAGUUUGAGGAAUUCUUUAGCUUACUGUCGAAGAAAAGUCUGAAGAGAGCUGAAAAGAAGAUGAAGGAGAUUGUAGAUGCCCAGGAUCCAAACCUGGCCUACCUCUUCAAUGUUGACCUCAAAGGAACCCGUCCUGACUCCCUCACCUUGUCAGUGGGCUAUGAUAUUUUUCUCAAUCAGGUGAUCACCCAGGGGCAAUUCGAGCAGCUGAACACCUGCUUUCGGUUGAUUCUCAGCAUGCACUGGACCCUUUAUAGACUGAAGAGACUAGCUCCUCUGAAGAACUUCAGAUAUAGGGAGUUGAAGGGGGCCCUCCAAACCCUUCGAGACACAUUGGAAAAAACCCUCGAGGAACAGCUCCAGGGAUCGGGAAAAGUCAAGCAGUUGGCGGAAAUCCUCAAUCACAGCGAAGAACGUCUGGUAGGAUGCACGAUCAGUGGACUCAGACAGGAACAUGAGUGGUUACUCCGACAAAUAAGCGAUAUAGUUAGUGAAGAGAUGCCAAGGGGAAAUUUUUCCAGCAGGAUGGAGGAGUUCCUGGGUCUGUGCGAUGUUCUGUAUCAUUUGUGGUUGAAGGCUGCUUCUGUCCUCAACAAUCUUGAGGUCCAAAAACCAAGGAAUACGUGCGAGAUGAAAUUCGAAUGGCUCACAUUUUUCUACCUACAGAGGAUCCAUAAGCACUGCAAAGUAAUGGCUUCACAUCUCGGCGUGGAAUUAAUUAAUAAUUAAUUUCUUAUAUUGCUUUGUUAAUUUUUCUGGAUGUUUAAAAUUGUUGAAAGUAAUUUAAAAAGUAUAUUAUUUAGUUGAUGAAUAAAAUUAAAAUUCACGUCACA